UCGAAAACCUUCGUUCCAACUGAUUUGUGCUCGGAAAAUCUUUGAUUUUAGCUAAAGAAAGAAGGAUUGAUGGUUUAAAACACUUGAUAUGGAUCCAGCUACAUUUACCCAAAAACUACUUGAGAGAACACAAGCUCGCAAAGAAGCCCUCAAAAAGAAGAAUGAAGAAUUCAAUGCCUGYCGCAACAAAAGGGUAGCUCCUCCCACACCGUCAUCACCAGCUAAACCSCCUAGACGWCCACUAACUGAAGACAACAGUGAUUCUACAACUCCAAGCAAACCACCAAGAAAGAUGCUUUGUAAUGACAAGAAAGAAAUCAUUACUCCAAGCAAAAGACGACCAAUGUCAGAAGAUAACUGYGAAGGUGGUUUACCUGACGAGGCUUCACGAAGAAGAAUUGUCAGUGACAGCAGUGUCCCAAAAACRCCCACAAGAGUGACWGUUACUGCGAAGGUACCAACCACACCCAAGAGUACUGCAAAACUGCCAUUUUCUGAUAGGGCUCCAUCAACACCGACCUCUGUYAGUAAAGUGAGAGCUGGGCUUGAAGUGGAUGCAAGCAGCAGUCCAUCUAUCAGGGCGCGCAAAGAACAACUUAUAAUGAUGCAACAGAAAGAUCAGRAAAGUUGUGUCACACCAAAGAAACACUGGAAAAAAGCUCUGGAUAUGACUGAAACUAAAAGCCCAAGUGUGGCUGCCAGAUCRGCCAUCUUUGAAAACAAUAAGGAGAAAGGUCCAGUCCAAACAAUGUCCACCGCAACACCAGGAAAGGUCUCAGCUAAUAGAGGAGUCUUUGAAAAGCAAGACUCAAUAGAAGCAAAACCUGCAUCCAAUGCUCCUCCAAAGCCACCAAGAGCAACAACCGAAGCUGAAAAAACUUUACAUAGAGAAAAAAGCUCAUCAAAGAGGAAAGCUCCACCACCUCCAGCAAACGUGACUGAUGGUCCUGCAUGUAAAACAAGAGAUGAAGAAGUCAGUUGUGAUUACAGUGUCAUUUCAGCAAGKAAUAGCACAGAAGAAGUGCCUUCAAAGAAAGAAAAGAGGACUGAGGGAGAGRCAGCAUCUCAGAAACCAGUCAGAACUACUGUUGAGGUUGUCAUGGAACCUGUGGCAAAGCCUAGGAAGAGAACUCAAWAUGAAGAGACCAAUAUUGAAAAACAGAAGAUUAUUAAAGACAUUCAGGAUCUUGAAGAGCAGAGAGCAAGACGAAGAGAAGAGAGAAAGAAAGCCAGAAUGGAAAUGAGAGAAAGGGAGGAUGUUGUGGUUGCRAAAGCACAAGGAGUUGAAGAKAGUCGUGCAACAAGAAGCAGUCRUGUUGAGGCURUUGCUGUUCAUGUAACUGAAGUAUCRAGUCCCCAGAGAACUGUUCCRAGACCAAAACCAAGAGUCGAGGUUGUGUCAGACUYGGUGAAUGCUAAAAACACAGGCUACAAAAAUACAUUUGAUGACAAAAAGACGGAUAAAACUMAACCAGAAUGUGAAMCUGUUUUGCCCAGUUCAACACAGRCAGCUGAACCRGAAAAACCUGUUAUUCARAAGGACAAUGAAAAUGURAAAAUGCUGGCAARGGAUGAAAAAGAAUUCAUUCCAAUGGCUAAACAUGUAUCAGCUUCUCAUCUGAGAUCAACUGAGAACCUSCAUAGAUACGGUUCCCUUGGUGACAUGUAUCCAGGAACRGAYGGCGCACUAGAUGAUACAAUCAAUCUCAACGAUGUGAAUAUUCAUGAGAUGACUUUUACUUUUGACUUCAGUAAUUUUGACAAAAUCCAGGAAGACAGAGAAACUAAAUUCCAGAAAAGUUUUAAUGAGACACAGCAGGAGCUCGAGAAAGAGAAAAGCAAAGAACCUAAAUCAAUGGAGAUUGAGAAAGUAAAGAUGAUUGCACAUCAACCAAGACCAACAGCAACAGUUGAAGAAAAAAACAAUGGAGUCUUUAAGUCAGGGUAUAGCAUGGAUGCCGAUGACCAAUAUGCAACAAAAGUGUACAAGAAGGAAAGACCACCAGUGCCAGAACGACCAAAACCAACGCAGGAGAAGAUAAAGGAUAUUCUUGAUCAAGCAGCUUCGCACCAGAAUAUCAUUUUACAGACGAGUCAAGCUUUGAAUGUCUGUGAGUCAAACAAUGACAUCUUCAAGGGUUCGCAAGAAGAGAUUGAGGCAGAAAGGGUGCUUCUCCUUGCAUCUGAGCGUAAGCAAGCUUGUUUGAAUGAGCACCACAGACUAAAGUCAGGACGUAAAGAGAGCAAACGAAAGCAUCAUAUUGACCCAAAGGCCUGCUCCUCAACAGUUUCUCUCUCAGGUAUCCGUUUAGCUUUGAAACAAGAAUUUAUGGAUGUGCUCAGAGUUGGUAUCAGAAAUGAUCUUGGUGUGUUCCAUUUUGUAUGCCAUGUCCAACAAGGUCCUCUURAGAUUACAUCAACAAAGACCUUGUCUAUCCAUGACUGUACUAGCGAUGGCGGAAAUUUCCUUACAUUCCCGGACAAGUUUGUAAUGAAGAACCUCAAUCCAGACUUCAACAUUGUAGUCAGAGUGUUUGGAAUGCAUGUUCAAAAGUACAAUCCUUAUACUGCAAACACAGCACAGAAACACAAGUUCUUUCAAUCCCCCAAAACAACUAAAAAUAAGCGAGGAGUCCCUGACGGUUCUUCACCUAGAGGAGCAGAAGCCAUGCCCGUGUUCAGAACAUCAAACUUUAAACUUGUUGGAUCUACAAGAAUUACUCUUCCUAAAGUCAACUCAAAGAAGUGGGUUCUUGAUGGGCUUGUUGAAGGCUGUCCAUUGAAGGAGACAAUACAGAUGAAGAUUCAUUGUAUGCCGCAGUAUACAAGCUGUGUGAAGGGAUUUUUGACUAYCUUAGAAGAUGUUGGUGGUUACAGCGCAUGGCAAAGACGGUGGUGCGUCCUUGARGGCGGAAUGCUCUCCUAUUGGAGGUAUCCAGGCGACGAAGCUGAUAAGACUCCCCUGGGUACCCUGGACAUUGGCCAGUGURUUAGUGAACGCAUUGCAACAGUUCCUAGAGAUCUUUGCGCUAGACCUAACACUAUUGAAGUUGCUAUGAAGAAAGRCGACAACGAGGAAUACAAGUUUCUUCUCGCUUGUGAUACAAAAGAAGAUCGUGUUACUUGGCUUGAUUGCCUGAAUGACGCUCUAACAGACAUGAAGGCCUGGAACUCAAACAACAACAAGGUCUUGUACCCUGAGAUAACUCGCUCGGUCGACGAGAAAGUGCAUAUGUGUUGAGAAAUGCCUGGCAUUACACAAUGUGAAUAUGAACUGACGCAAUGCUUGCAAGAUUACAGAUAAAGAAUGGAAUCACAAAACAAGCGAAAUGAAUUCAUAUCUUGCGAAACCAAGUGCACUUCUCACAAACACUGGAAAAAAUCGCGUGCUUUAAAGGUCGUAAAUUUGAUGUAUAUAUGAUGUAAGUGUC